AUGGCCAAAUUUUUAGUAUUACCAGGGUAUUUACAAAGCGGGAAGAUUUUAGCAGAGAAGGGAUCUACCUUUCGUAAGUUAAUGACCAAAUUAAAUCAUCAAUUAGACUAUAUUGAUCCCCCGGUUAUCAUUGAAAAGUAUCAAGAUUUGGUUUUUUCAUUAGGAGAUUCAGAAGAAGAGUGCAAUGCAAAAUGGCAAAAGAUAGUCGAAAGCAAUGCUAAUAGAUGUUGGUUCCAACAUUCUGAUACUAACGGAUACGUAAAAUUCGACGAAUCUUAUAAUUAUCUUGUGAAAUAUUUAAAAGAAAAUGGUCCAUAUGAUGGGAUUAUUGGAUUUAGUCAAGGUUCAGGGAUCAUGUUAACUAUUAUGAAUAAUCCAGAUUUCAACUUCAAACUUUGCAUGUCAUUUUCAGGGUUUUGUUUCACUGUUCCUGCUGAUGAAAAAGAUGAUAGAAUUAAUAUCAAUUAUCAAAUAGAAGAUCCUGAAGAGUACAACAGAAGAAACAUUAUCAAUAAAGAAUACACCCAGUACUACAAGAAUAAACCUACCACCAAAUUAUUCAAUAUCUUUGGAGAUUCUGAUAUGGUUGUUCCUAAAGUUAGAUCAACUUUUGUUAAUUCAAUAUACCCCAAUGUUGAAAAUUUCGAAUUUGAAGGUGGACAUAUGAUGCCUAACAAGAAACCUUUCUUGAGACCAUUGAUUGAAAGAAUUCAAGAAGUUUUAGAAUCAUCAGAUUGA